AGCAUAUUUUCUUACGUCAUCUGAAGCCACCGGAAGAGUGAGUUAACUGUCCCCGCCCCGGCAGUUCAGUCAGUCCAACCUGAAGAGAAGGCGAGUCUACGGCUAAAAAUAUAAUAGCUAACACAAGAUGGCCGGUUUGCCUCGUAGGAUUAUUAAGGAGACACAGCGGUUGAUGGCAGAGCCUGUUCCAGGGAUCACGGCCACGCCUGACGAAUCGAAUGCACGUUACUUCCAUGUGGUCAUUGCAGGGCCUCAAGACUCUCCUUUUGAAGGAGGCACAUUUAAACUUGAACUAUUUCUUCCAGAAGAGUAUCCCAUGGCAGCUCCCAAAGUGCGAUUCAUGACCAAAAUCUACCACCCCAAUGUUGACAAACUGGGAAGAAUAUGUUUAGACAUUUUGAAAGAUAAGUGGUCUCCAGCCCUGCAGAUCCGUACAGUGUUGCUAUCGAUCCAGGCGUUAUUAAGUGCUCCCAAUCCAGAUGAUCCCCUGGCAAACGAUGUUGCAGAGCAGUGGAAGAAAAACGAAAGCAAUGCCAUCGAGACAGCCCGAGCAUGGACCAGGCUCUACGCGGGCAACACUGAAGUAUAGAGGAAGAAAUACGAGGCGUCUGAAUGUGAUCCACAAAAUGUACUCCUAUUCUGUCAACAUUUGAAUUUAACGGACACAAAAAAAAGAAAAAAAAAAGAUUAUAAGUCCAAAUCUAUUUGAAAGAAAUGACGAGAUUUACUGCUGCAGACCUCUGGGUGACUUAUUUUCCUCUCUAAGGCGCGUUAUGUGUGUGUUAACCUUUUUUUUUUUCCGUGUUGCUAUUUAAAUGCAUGGACAGAGAAUGACACCCUCCCCACUACAGUCUUAAAAAUCACAUGCAAUAUGUUGUCCUGAAGUAGGCACAUACUGGUACGUUUGCAAACUAUACAUUAAAGCUGUUCUUCUUUUAACACAUGCAUUAUUUGUCAACACAUCUGUAUGUCUUCUGUGAACAAUGACAUGUUGUUUCGACAAGUAGAGUGUUCAGCUGUCUUUUCUCCCCACUAGUAGGAAGCAGACAAAAAAAAAUUCAAUUCUGAAUGCUGAAACUCCUCUUAACUCUUUAGGGAAUAGGAGUAUAGGAGGGAAUAGGGAAUAAGGAGUUUUUGCAGAAUAGCCCUUACAUUAAAUAAGAGGGUUAGUUGGAUUUUCACUCGUAUGCAUCUGUGCAAACCAACACCUCACAGCACUGAGAGUAAAGUCAGUGUUGUAACUACUGUAGUUCAAGAGUAGAUUCACACAAGGGCACUUAAUACUGAGCACAGAGGCAAAGUGUCUCACAAUAUGUUCUUCGCACAGCAAAGACGAUCCUAUUCGACCCAUCACAAACCUCUAAAAGACACUUUCUGUAACAGCAGCGCAUACCAAGCUAAAUUUAUAACAGUAAGACGGAAAUAAAAAUGACAAAGGAUGUCUCGGAACAUUUUCAUCCACAGACAACUGAUGGAUGUUCACUCCAAUGUUUUUACUGUAAAAUGAACUUGAAGACAACCUGAAGGUUGCUGCGUACUUGCCAAAUUUGCCAGUAGAGGAAACACAGCAUGUCGUUCAAAGUUAGUGUUAAUCUGUGGCUCUUGCAGAUGCAAUUUUAUCUCUUCAUUCUUUACAUCUUAAGAUUGUUCUUAGGCUGACGAUCUGCUGAUUUAAUGUCAUGUUCUGUUCUUUCAACAUGCUUCCGAGCAGAUUGUUAGGCGUCUGUGUGAAAUUUUCCCCACACAAAAGUCUCAGAAACAUUCAGUGUAAAGUUUGUUCCAUCCAUGGUUUUUCUCACAUCUGUUCAAGUUUCAGUUCAAACCCAGUCAGACAGUUUGGGGAGGGUGAGCAGGUUAUUUCUCAUGCUUUUUCUUUUUUUAAAAAAAAAAGCCAUUACCAACACAUUCAGAAAGGUAGAGUGAUGCAGAUUCUUUGUGUUGAAAAGGAACUGCAUGCAUGUUGUAGUAGACUACUAAAAUGUGUUGAAAAUGUCUUUUUUUUCUUCUUUUUUUUUAAGGGGUGUAGGACAUUUAGCCCCUUUUUGUUUUUAUUUUCCCUUUUUAACUGUCUGUCCAUGCUAUCUAUGUUGCCUGUUCUCUAUUUUAUUUUCAGUUCUGUAACUUCGUAAAAAAAAAAAAAGUAUGUACCAUAAUCAAAUUGAUAUCAGGACAGUUCAGUCUAGUUCUCUUCUGGGUGUUUGUGAGAGUUGAGGCGUUAAGUUGUGUUUAACAGGAAAGAUUAGGCUUUUUUUUCUUUCUUUUUCAGGUUUUAUCAUAAGUUACAAAGAUGUUUUUCACAUUGAUUGUAUUGAGUUGGUCUCAUCUGUUUUUGCUCUUUUUAUUAUACUGAUCUUUAAUGGUUAUGCAAGUGAAUAUAACUGAUUCAAUCAUUGUGGUUGCAGAAAAGGUCUUCAUGCUACUAUUCCAGAUUUUCUAUUGGCUCAGAACUUCACACAUUAAAACCUUGUGUCAAACUCUA